GAAGCGAAAAGCGAAGACAAAGUGCAAAUGUAAAUUGGUGUGUCUUUAUAAAACCAACACACAAGGUGGGAAGGAAUUGGAGACGAGGAGAAUUUCGAUGAUAAAAAAGCACACAAACGCAAAAGCCAAGAAAGUUGGGGAGUGAAUAAGUCCGAUCAAGUGGAAGAAAACGUGCAAAGAGGAGACAAAGAUAAAAAAAAACUAGUCAUACUAGGUGGAAUUUUGUUUUUUUUAAUCUCUUGUGGCUCUUCAAUCGCAGAGAGAAGAAGAAGUGUUGUGUCUGUGUGGGUUUUUGUAUUUGUAGUGAUUCACGAGAGGGAGUGGAAAAAAAGGGAUACACACGCAGACACGGGAGAAAAUGAGUGAAAAUAGAUGACAGUGGAAAGAGAGAGAGAGAGUAAAAGACAAUAGUAAAUAAAAAAAAAGAACAGAAGGACAAAUAGUGAGAAUCAGAAUGUAUGAAGUGGCCCCAGUGGCUGGCAAUAAAGUUGAAGCUGCUUGUGCUCUGAGAAGUCUCCAGCAGAUCAUGGGUCAGAUAUCGAGUAGUCAUGGGAGUGGCGGGAAGAAGUCGUCCAAGUACAGGAGUUCUGCUGUGCCAAGUGGUGCCAGAAUUAAGGAUGACAUCUACAGGGAACACCUGUACAACAAGGGCAAGGACAGUGUGAGGGUGAAGGAGAUGUCCGGUCGCCCGGUGACGAUUAGUGAGAUGAAUGCAUACAAUAUUGAGAAGGAUAAGGAUAAACUGCCGGUGGAUCAGGAAAUACUCAGGAAUUCAAUGCAGCCAAAUCACAGGGAGUUCUUCAGCGUUGGCGAGGGAUAUCACAAGACAGACAAUUGCUACUACAAAACACCAGACGGUGGAUAUCACAAACUGCCACAGGACUCUUUUCACAAGACAUCCGAAGGGUGUUAUGUGAAGCUGGCCGAUGGGAGCUUCAGGAGGUUGGAUGAGGUGAAGGCGGUUGCCAAGGAGGCGGCAGGAUCUGGUGACUCGUCGGUGAGCAGUCAGAGUCGCUAUAAGAAUCAGAUGAUGAGAUUCCUGCGGAGAUCCAAGAGUCACACGCCAGGGACAAUCAAGGAGAUGCAGAAGGAGAAGGCGGUGGCGCAGAAUGUUAACACCACGGCGGGCAAUCAGAACCGCCGCGUGAUGGUGACAAUGAUGGACGGCGGAUUGCCUGUGGUGGCAACCAGCAAGCAGCCCGACUACCAUCGUCCGACGAAGGUGAAGGAGCGCAGUAAGGAUGCCAAAGGCAAGGAGUUGAAGCACAAGGUAAAGAUAAAGAGGAAUUUGAUAUACAUCUGCAGACAUUUAAUUAAGAUGCAAAGAGGAUAAGAGAGAGUCACAGCAGAAGUU